CUUGCCUGCUGCCGACGCCGGCACAAGCCAUGCCACACGGAGCUCUUCACAGUCUCAUCUAAGCUGUAGGUAUGCGCACAUCCUUCCUAACAUAGCCGAAUUUUCUCGGGUACUAGUGGCGCGAAAUUUUAUCUAAAACUUUCUGUGGCACUCGGUUAUGGCUUGUGUGGUGUAAGUGAAAACUUGAGAUUAUUAUUUGUGUGUGCUAACAUUGUGUAAAGUGUAUUUUUUGUGCGAAUUUUCUUUUGGAUUUUUUUUUGCGCCGGAUGUUUUUGGUGCAAUAUGGGAAUGGCGUGUUCCGACUGCGUUAUAUUACAAAGAGAUUAAAUGUUAGAUUUCAUAAUAGUUUAUUAAAUUAUACCAUUGAACGAAGAUGCUGGGGAGAGCUCAAGAAAGAGUAGCCUCGGUAAUCGUAUUCGUGUCAAGUAUCAAAAUCAGUUCGGCCGACAGCCGAUGCUUAGAUAAGUAGGGUCAGCAAAACAGUUCACAUAAGCCGCGUUUAAUUACUAGUCAUAGAAAAUCGAGAUAGCAGUUAUAAGUUACCAAUUACAGUGGCCACCUCGGAGUGGUAUGCUUUGUAUUGUACCUACAUUGUAUCGACUGCGCGCUGAUAGGUCGCUACGUCACGUGGCUUCCCGGCGCGCGACUUAAGUGCUGGAUGCUACUAACUGUAUACACGUUACCACAGCUUGCCGUCUCUGCGAAGAUAUUGUGCCUCCUGAUGGUGGUGAUCUGCGGUGCGGUGCCAUCGAUGGUCCGACCCGUCCGUCUGUACAACCAGUGCUCACACAUGUUCGUCAACGUUUUCCCAAACGGCACUGUUAUGGCGCGUUCCGAUGGCAACGACCAGCCGAAUCUCACCAUCAGUACUCGUGGCCUAAGCCUGGACCUGCUCAUCCAUUCGCCUGUUCAAGAUAUGUACCUCUGCUUCAACCGCUCAAGACUCGUCGGCAGGCGAUUGACACGAUUUCAAGCCGAGAGAACACCGAACUGCCUAUUCAAAGAAGAGUUUGUAGAUGGGUACAACAGGUACCACCUCGUGAAGAACCAAGACCGAUACAUAGGGUUCAACCGACGGGGGGCGCAGAUGCGACGUGGAAAGAGCCACAUCCCAGAACGACAACACAAGUGCUUCUCCUUCUUGAAGGUGGCCCACGACUUCGAUAUCAAUAGGCACAACAACUUGCUCGCUGGAGAUCUGCCCAAGUGGCGUCAGCAACGAAGACUCCGGCCUCCGCCACAAAACUCCCUGAAGCCGCCCUGUCACGGAGUCCGCCACCACCACGGCAGACAUCAAAGGCGAAGGAACUGCGAAGGCACUUAGACGACUCAUCAUACACGCAGCUCAUUUACGCUUAACGCUUUGCGCGUUCCGUUGCCAGCUGUCGAAGGACAUUGAGUGGACAGAAUAGGUAUUAGUCAACUACCGCAGUAUUAUUACAGUGACGAGGACUGGAAUGUGUUAGGUUAGCGCUCGCCGCGCCCGCCGGCCGCAUGAAUGGUAGCUGGAGCCAGAUACAGAGCAAACAUUAGAAUGAACAGAAAAGGCUAGCCGAGACGAGGGCUGAAGCUGUGAAAUUCCUUACACCCGUGCCACAUCGUGGCGCUCGUUUGCUCUUGUGCCUGCGCUCGCAACUCAUACUCUAAAAGAAAAAAAGGGUUUCUAUGGAAAGAGCAAAUAGUAAUCUUACUAGUCACGAGUGUUCCGACAGAUCACCGCUGAACUUUGCUUUCAACGCCUCAACAAAUGCGUGUCGUUAUUAGUACGUGUUAAAACGAUUUUUCUUUUGAUGCGUUGAAUGCCUUGAUAACGUUCUAAGAACCUCAGUUGCUUGCUGGCCCGCUAUAUUGUACGCCUCACAGCCUGCACCAUGUACGUCAAUAAUUCUCAGUGUAUUAUUAUUUAAAUGCUUUAUUCAAUUAAGUACGGAUCGUGUUAUCUGCUUGUAAAUAUGUCUACUUAUUUAUCAAAACUUAUGGAAAUAUUAACGUAGGUGUUAGAUGUAAAGUUGUAUUAAAUAUUUUGUAUUUAAUUAUGGAUAUUGAAUCCGUGUGCUCUCUUGUGAUCAGACAAGUUUUGGAACUGAAGACCUAUUCCUUCUGUUAAUAACAUGUUCUCUUAACUUUGUUUCAGCUUGAACUUUGUAUGAUUUAUGUGUAAGAUUUUGUGAGCUUUGUAAAUAUUAUUUUAAGUGUUUGUAUGAGAGUGAUAGGUUUUUGAAUCUCUUUCAUUUGACUUCUCUAAUAUAAAUGUUGUCAUCAUUAGUUUCAUCUGAAAGUUCUGGAACUAUGAUAAUUCGGUACACUCCGAAUUCAGAAUCAAAUAAUUGACAUUAUGAACUUUAUUAUAACAUAAUAUUAAGAUCUGUGCCAUAUUGUGAUGGCUGCGUACAAUUUUUGUGUGCGCGUUGUAAUUAGUGCAUUAAGUUUGUCUGUAAUUACGAAUAGAUAUAAUAUUUAAUUUUUAGGUACCGAAUAUAUAAUGAAACCCCCAGUGUCACUUUAUUGCUAUUUAAAAAUAUAUUUAUUGUUGCAGCCAUUCUGUGUAGAUUACGAUCGAUGUUAGACAUUCCAUUAUAUAUUCCAAUAUUUUGUACUCAUAUAUAAAUGUGUAAGCGUAGAUGCAUUCCGAACAUUUGAUGUACCUAUGAUAGAAAAUGUAUGCGCUUAUUAAAUAUACAACAAUAUUCACUGUUCGAAACAUUAUAUUGCCGUGUCUGUAUAAGAAUAUUCAAGUGCUGAUGUUGAACUACAUACAAGCUAUGAAAACUACAAAAUUAUAUCAUAUUUAACUCGCA